AUGGUGGUCCCCCUCCUCACUGGGGUGCGACAUCUCAAAAAAUUUUACCACGCGUCUAAUGGUCUACCCCGGGAAGAGGACCAGGUAGAGUUCCAACACUCAGUCAAUAUCGCACUCAACAAACCAGCACACCAACUGAAUCCUGUACUGGAUAACGACACGUAUGACGCCAGUAAUGCUGUAGACGGACGUAAGUCUGACCUGUUUUAUAAUGGAGGUCAGUGUGCAAUAUCAUAUAACGAUCAAAACGCCACCUGGUGGGUGAACCUGACCAAUGCACACAGCAUCCAUCACAUCACCAUCUACUUCAAGACGGACAAUAUACAAUGGGAUUCCUAUCAAGAAAAAUUUGGCUAUCUUGGAUUCUCUGUGUAUGUCUCCAAUACAACAUUCAAACUACAGGGAACCCUGUGUUACAAGGACGACCACUUUACAGUAGACACCUUACCUGCUGUCUUCACCACCACCUGUCCUGUAUGUGGACAAUAUGUCAUCUUCUACAACGAGAGAAGACCAGGAGUAACCUACCCUGACUAUUACUCUGAUGACGUUAACAGUGAUCUCUGUGAAGUUGAGGUGUAUGGGUGUCCGACAUCGGGUUAUUAUAACGGAUCAGACUGUUGUCCAGAUGUCAACUGUCAGUACUGUCACAUAGAGACGGGCACCUGUCAGGGGUGUGAACCUGGCUACAGAGGUCGUCGAUGUGAGCUAGAAUGUGAGCAAGGUCUUUAUGGUAAUGGAUGCAGUGAAACAUGUGGACAUUGUCGUGACGUAGACCAGUGUUUCCAUGUCAACGGGACGUGUUUAACUGGAUGUGAUGCUGGUUACCAGGGCGACUUGUGUAAAACACCUUGCGACAGAGGAUUAUAUGGUUUGGGCUGCAUCAAUUCAUGUGGACAUUGCCUUGACUUAUACCUGUGUUCUUAUAUUGAUGGGGAGUGUUUAACUGGGUGUGCUGCUGGUUAUCAAGGAGAACUAUGUAUUUCAGGUAGGUGAUAGAAAAAUAUCAAGCGCCAAAGUCGU